AUGUAUUCUCUGUUACUCCAUGGAAAAAGGUUGGGCGAGUUACAGAAAUGGCGUAAUCUGAGAUUUGCAGUGAACCAUUUGCAAAAUGCAUCUGCUUUUUCCAAUUCCUUCUCCUCUGCUAGUGCUGCUUCAGAUGUGAGCCUUAGAGAUGUUCGAAAAGAGAAGACUUUUACUGUCUCUUACCUCGUUGAUUCACUUGGUUUCACCAAAAAACUCGCAGAAUCGAUCUCGAAGAAAGUCAGUUUCGAAGACAAGACAAAUCCAGAUUCUGUCCUGAAUCUUCUUAGAAAUCAUGGUUUCACUGAUUCUCAGAUCUCCAGCAUCGUUACGGAUUAUCCACGGUUGCUUAUAUCAGAUGCUGAGAAAUCCAUUGGUCCUAAGCUUCAAGUUCUUCAGUCUAGAGGAGCUUCAAGCUCUGAGCUCACAGAGAUUGUUUCUUUAGUUCCUAAAAUCUUGGGGAAGAAAUCUAUCAGUGUAUACUAUGAUUCUGUCAAGUGCAUUGUAGAAGCUAGUAAGAGUUCCAAUUAUGAAAAGUUAAGUCAUUCUUUCUCACAGAGUAAUCUAGAGAAUAAAAUCCGGAAUGUAUCGGCUUUGAGAGAACUAGGUGUGCCUCAGAGGUUGUUACUCCCGUUGCUCGUCUCUAAAUCGCAGCCCGUGUGUGGGAAAGAGAAUUUCGAUGCUUCCCUUAAGAAAGUUGUUGGGAUGGGUUUUGAUCCAACCACUUCAAAGUUUGUCUUAGCUCUGCGGAUGCUUUACCAAAUGAGCGACAAGACGAUUGAAGAGAAAGUCCAAGUCUAUAAAAGUUUAGGCUUUAGUGUUGAAGAUAUAUGGGAGAUUUUCAAGCAUACUCCUUCAUUUCUGAAAGUCUCGAAGAAUAAGAUAUUGAAGUCAAUGGAAACAUUUCUAAGCUUAGGAUUCAGCAGAGAUGAGUUUGCGAUGAUGGUUAAACGCUAUCCUGCGUGCAUUGAGUAUUCUGCAGAGUCGGUUAAAAAGAAGACUGAGUUUAUAUUAAAGAAGAUGAAUUGGCCAGUAAAGGGCGUUGUUUUGCACCCUCAGGUAGUUGGAUACAGCCUGGAGAAGAGAAUUGUACCAAGGUGUAACGUAAUCAAAGCUCUCAUGUCCAAAGGAUUGCUUGGAAAGGGAAGUGAACUCCCUGCAUUGUCGUCUGUUAUGUCGAGUACCGACCAGACGUUUUUAAACAGGUAUGUUGUGAAGCAUGACAAGCUUGUGCCUGAAUUGAUGGCUAUUUUCACUGGAAAACAUGUUUCAGAGACCAUAAGGCGCUCGCACAAGAAUGAGAAAUGUUAA